AUUUUUUUAAUUAAUCGCCAAGUGCUUGGGUCAGCCAGUAUCAUAGCGAAACGAUACAAUGAAUCAGUAAGAGACUUUCUACUUUACACCGUGUGAAAGAACAUCGACACUGMUGAUAUCAGCACUAGUUAGGACUAUUCGUAAAAUUGCGAUUCGCUGCUGUCUUAAGAUAAAUGUAACAAUGUUAAGACACUAGAAGAUGACGCCAUGAAAAGACUGCGCACUUCUUACGUAACUAUUGAAAAAUGUGCAAAACUCGAUAGGAGGGCGCAUCAAGAUUUUGAUAACUCUACAUCUCUAAGGCAAUAAAUCAAGAAAUUUACUGAUUAGAUGAAAAGAACAAAGUUCAAUACCCACUGCAUUAUAACUAUCUUAUUAUUGAGCAAACAAAUCCCAAGCCCCCUCCCCUAAGUAUCUGACGUAUGUGUUAUAAAAUAMAGGUAAAAUACGAGUUGAUAAAGAUUCUCUAUAACUUGAAAUUUGCAUUGMCAUUGUGGUAAACAAUGGUUUCUAGUAGGUCCAAAAAUGUUCUCGAUUAACAAUCGUCACGAGUCAUUAGUCAGCUACGAUUUAUUUUAUUGUAUUGCCUCAACACAAUUGUAAACAUYAGAGCAAAUCCGUGGGAAAACCGCGUUUGUUUGACCAUCUCUUCAUAAAAAAAAAAUGGAGCUUUGGUUGAUAAUAUUGUURAGCGCUGUUGGAGGUUUUCUAAUUUUGGUUCUCAUUUUCCUAACUAUUUGGGCAUGUCGCAAAAGGAGGAGAAGAAAUAGGUCAUUAAAACACCAAGGACAAAACGGACAACCUUGGCAAGCUCAUGAUCAUAUAGUAGAAAUCAGCGACGACGAAAACUCUCCCAAACUMGACGGACUUUGUAAAGACACAAUUUCAGGAUCUACUUUCCCCAAAAGAGUGAAAAAGAACGCGGAUGAAAAUGAAAAACAAGAAGACGGCCUUUGCAGAGACACGAGAAAUCGAUCACUAAGGCGAGGCAAGUUGAGUGAGGCAUUCUCRACAACAGAGCAGAAAAGACAGUCUCCUUCCGAGARCCCUCCUGAAGGAACGGUUACUAAAUUUGAAAGUAGAGAAAAUGUUUCAAACACGCUUCAAAAUGGGACGGUCCUUCACGGUGACGCAAUCAUUCACCAGCCUCGACAUGAAAAUGAGUCCUCUGACAGUUCGUUUGACAAGACAAAAAGAAAGGCAMCUCAGAGAUCAAAAUCAAUAGACAAAYUGAAAAAACCUGUUCAAMGAAAGCGAUCCAAAUCAAUUGGAAACUAUAUUGAUGUACCGGAGUACUGUAAACCCGUGAAAAGAGCCGUCUCUAAUCCAAGCAUUGUGGCGAGACAAAARAUGAUUGAAAAUGACAAACGGUUUGAGAGCCUGGAGACCUGGAAAUGCUCAAUACCCAUACCUGAACCGGACUACCCAUUGGAACACCCCUUUAUAACAAAACCCAUGGACGAUGUUAAGAUUCCCCAAUCUACUGCAACAAGUGAUUCUGGUGUGGAAUGCAUAGAUGACUCACGUGAUGACGAUGAAAGU